AUGAAGACAUAUUCGUCGAAGAAAGAUAGGUCAGUUUAUCAACAUAUCAUUAGGGUCGAGAAACAGCUCACUCUCCUUGAGGAGUCCGAAGCACGAGCGGGUAGGCUAGCUCUAUUUCAAAAAAACUGGGCUUGUAUUUCAAAAGACCCCUGGGUGCGUGAAGCGGUGCAAGGCUACAAGUUAGAGUUCGGUGACCAAAUCCCCCAAUGCUCCUUGCAGUCCGCAUGCACUACUGACUCCGAAUCUGACCUUCUAAGCGUCGAAGUGCAGGAAAUGCUAGACAAAAAUGCCAUUGAAGAGAUUCCCUGGUCCUCAGAAGUUUGGACCUCAAAAAUUUUCGUCAUUCCAAAAAAGGACGGUGGAAACAGAACCAUAAUAAACUUGAAGCCACUCAAUAGGUAUAUCAAAACCUACCAUUUCAAACUUGAGUCCAUUGGAAUGAUAAAAGUUCUCUUAGAGAAACACGAUUACAUGGCAAAAAUCGACUUGAAAGACGCAUAUUUUUCGGUCCCUAUUCACAGAGAGUUUCGGAAAUACUUAGCCUUCCAAUAUGGCGGGAGGCUCUUUCAGUUCAAAGCGCUGCCGUCUUCUGGGUUAUCCUCAGCACCUUACGUUUUCACCAGGCUAAUGAGGGCUAUUGCUUCUGAACUCAGAAGUCGGGGGAUCAGACUGAUUGUUUACCUAGACGACUGGUUGAUCAUAGACGAAGACAAGGAAUCUCUCUCAUCGAAGAUCAGCCAAAUCACAAUGUUACUCAAAAAUCUAGGUCUAACCAUAAACGAGAAAAAAUCACAGCUUGAACCUUCACAAGUAGUGGAAUUUCUCGGGAUGACUAUCAAUUCAUUAAGUUUUGAACUCUCCGUCCCAGAUCAAAAGAUAGCAACCAUUUGUCAAGCUGCCAAAAAAAUGCGGAAGCGGAGAAAAGUCACUCUUCGCGAAGUCGCUAGCUUUAUUGGACAAGUCAACUCAGUAAGCAUGGCAGCAAGUAUUGCUGUACUAUUUCUCCGACCUCUUCAGAUGUGGCUAGGCAGUUUCCCUCUGAAGAAUGCGAGCGACUAUAAGACUUUAGGCACCCUACCAGAAAGCUGCGCGCGCGACUUGGCGUGGUUAUCACAGAAUUUUGGUAAGGUAGCUCGUGAGCCCAUCCUUCAUGAAGAUGAGUCACUCACUGUUACAUCAGACGCGUCAAAUAUGGGAUGGGGUGCAAUAUGGCAUACGGCCAGUACCUAG